AUGUCUAGGGAACAAGACAAGGAAGCGACCGUCUACGUCGGCAACCUCGAUGAGCGCGUGACCGACCAACUCGUCUGGGAGUUGAUGCUGCAAGCCGGCCGUAUUGUCAAUGUCCAUCUGCCCAAGGAUCGCGUCACCCAAACACACCAGGGCUUCGGUUUCGUCGAGUUCGUCAGCGAGGAAGAUGCCGACUAUGCCGCCAAAAUCAUGAACCAGAUCCGUCUAUGGGGAAAGCCCAUCCGUGUCAACAAGGCCUCGGCAGACAAGCAGAAGACGCUGGAUGUGGGUGCCGAGCUGUUUGUUGGAAACCUGGAUCCCAUGGUCGACGAGCGCGUUCUGUUCGAGACCUUCAGCCGCUUCGGCAGCUUGACCUCUGCGCCCAAGGUAUGCGCCGUUCAGUUGACCCGCUCUUUGGACUUGCUAACAUAUAACAGGNUUGCCCGCGACGACGCAAAUCUCAGCAAGGGCUACGGCUUCGUGUCAUUCACCGCCUUCGAAGCCUCGGACGAUGCCAUCGCAAACAUGCACGGUCAAUACCUGAUGAACAAGGAGAUCACCGUCCAAUACGCCUUCAAGAAGGAUGGCAAGGGAGAACGUCACGGAGACGCCGCAGAGCGUGCCCUGGCUGCCGCUGGUCGCGAACACAACAUUGAACCUCAAGUCCAGCCUCUACCUCCGCAAUUGCUGGCCCCUCAGAUCGUCACUUCCAUCGCGCCGCCUACUCCCAUGUCUGCUGCUCCCUAUGGUGUUUCGCCCGUCACUGGCGGAUACGGCGCUCCCCCGGCUGCAAGAAACCAGCUUCCACCGCCUCCUGCAGCUGCUGGUGUACCUGCACGACCACCUCCGAGUGUCGGCGGAUACAACGGUCCCCAAGGCGGCUACAAUGGUCCUCAAGGAUUUGCUCCUCCACCAGGUUUCGCACCAAAUGGAGCUCCUCCUGGCUUUGCGCCGCCGCCAGGUUUCGGAAUGCCCGGCAUGCCUCCUGGUUUCCCAGCCCCUCCACCAGGAAUGCCUCCGAAUGCUUACCAAAGACGAUGA